ACCAUUAAAAUACUUAUAGCUAAGUGACACCAAUAAGACAUGGCCACUGCAGGAAAGGUGAUUAAAUGUCGGGCUGCUGUAGCUUGGGAGCCCAAUACUCCUCUAGUGAUAGAAGAGAUUGAAGUGGCUCCACCCCAAAAGAAUGAAAUACGUAUCAAGGUAAUCGCUACCAGUAUUUGUCACACCGACUUGUACCAUCUAUUUGACGGAAAACAUAAGGACGGUUUUCCUGUUGUAAUUGGACAUGAGGCGGCUGGUGUGGUAGAGAGUGUUGGACCUGGAGUCACUGAAUUCAAACCUGGUGAUAAGGUCAUUCCCCUCGCCCUCUCUCAGUGUAGAGAGUGCAAGUUCUGUAAGAACCCAAAGACUAACCUCUGUGAGCAUGGCUGGUCUAAUGACCGAUAUGCUGAGAUGUCAGAAACCACAACACGCUUUUCCUGUCGUGGUAAGCCUGUCCUGCAGUUUACGGGCACCAGCACCUUCUCUGAGUAUACGGUCGUAAACCAGAUUGCUUUGGCCAAGAUCCAUGAUAAUGCCCGACUGGACCGUGUUUGUCUGCUUGGCUGUGGGAUUACCACCGGCUACGGGGCAGCAAUCAACACCGCCAAGGUAGAGCCCGGGUCAGUGUGCGCAGUGUUCGGGCUUGGUGCCGUAGGCCUUGCUGCAGUAAUGGGUUGUAAGAAGGCUGGAGCUUCCAGGAUAAUCGCUGUGGACAUAAACGAUCAGAAGUUUGAAAUGGCAAAGGUACUUGGAGCCACUGAAUUUGUGAACCCUAAAUCACACAAUAAGCCUGUGAGUGAGGUUCUGGCAGAAAUGACCAAUGGAGGUGUGGAUUUCUCCCUGGAGUGUGUGGGCAAUGUGGCUGUUAUGAGGACUGCACUUGAGUCGUGUGUUAAAGGAUGGGGGGUGAGUGUGAUUGUUGGCUGGACAGACCUUAGUGACUUCUCUGCACGACCAAUUCAGCUAAUUUCUGGAAAAACCUGGAAGGGAUCAGUGUUGGGAGGCUUUAAGAGCAAGGAUUCUGUUCCCAAGCUAGUCCUUGACUACAUGGCUGGCCGCAUAAAGCUGGAUGAAUUUGUGACUCAUACUAUGAGUCUUGAGCAAGUCAAUGAUGCCAUUGAACUCAUGAAAAAAGGAGAAUGCAUCCGAACCAUUCUGAAUCUAUCCAAAUGAGUUUCUGGCUUACAUUUUAAGAGCUCAUCCUAUUUACACAAUGUUUACAAGAACCAAAGGCCUUUUUAAGUGAUUAAUAAAAAU